AUGAGCAGAUCAGCCAAAGCCUAUUCCUGGGAGCACAAAAUCCCAAGAGGUCUAGUAAAAGAUGGUGUUGUCUUACACAAUGCCCUGUCCGAGAUAUACGGCUCUGGCAACUUUGCUUACGAAGAGGUCGGUGCGAACAUUGUCCUUACUGCUUUCCUCGAGGAGCCUAAGGAUUUGUUGGUCCAGCUGGCGAAGAAGAAGGCUAUCAACAAGUUUGUCUUCCCGGAGCCGGAAAAGAAAGAGUGA